CAAAUAGCCUGAAGGCGUACUGGCGCGAAACGAAGCGGUCGCGCUCAUUCCUUCCCGCGAAAACGAACCGAGGCUAUAUCAUCCCCCCCCGCAUUCCUGUCCGUCCUCCCUCAAAUCCCGAGAAACCCUACCGAUUCGCCGUUUGAUUCCUGAGCAAUCCUCACGCACGAUGCCUUCCAUCGUCAAACGAGGUGGCUCCCCGAUCUCGGCCGCUGACGCGGUGGCUCUCCCGGAGCCUCUCGCCGGAUCCGGCGGCGAUUCUACUCCUCAGAAGCGGAAGCUCAGAUCCGAUGCGCUGGCGGCUCUCCGCGAUGACGGAGCCGCCGAUCCGGCGAGGAGAGUGUCGCCUCGCCGGUGCCUGAAUCAGAGCCCGAAUACUCCUCCAAAAAGAAUUGAGAAAGUGGUUGCCGAUAAGCCCAUGAAACCGAAUAGAUCGCCGGCUAAAAGAUUGCCUGAUAGUCUUGUCGCCGAUAGCAAAUGGAAUCCAAGAGAUCCUCAGCAGAUGAGUGCGGCGAAGGAAGCGCUUCAUGUGUCGACGCUGCCACCAUCUGUCUCUUGCCGAGAAAAUGAACAAAAGACGAUUGUGGAUUUUUGCAAGGGAUGCAUCAAGCAGGGCAAAGCCGGCAGCCUAUACAUCUGUGGAUGCCCUGGGACCGGAAAGUCCUUAUCCAUGGAAAAAGUGAAGGGGCUCUUAUGGCAUUGGACGCAGGAGGCAGGUCUUCAGCAGCCAGAAGUUUUAGCUUUAAACUGCACUUCUUUAUCCAGCACAUCAGAGAUCUUUGGCAGGAUAUUAUCCAAGUACCAAUUGCCGAAAAUGACAAAUGAUCGUACCUCAGCUUUGCAACUGCUUCAGAAAUUAUAUUCGGAGAAGCAACAAUCCACAAAGAUGAUGCUAAUUAUUGCAGACGAGUUGGAUUAUUUGAUCACAAAAGACCGUGCUGUGCUUCAUGAUCUUUUUAUGCUUACCACUUUCCCGUUCUCUAAAUGUAUAUUAGUAGGAGUAGCAAAUGCUAUAGACUUGGCAGAUCGUUUUCUACCCAGGCUUCAAUCCUUAAAUUGCAAGCCUACCAUUGUAACUUUUCGGGCUUACUCCCCAGAGCAGAUCAUCAGGAUUCUUCAAGAGAGACUCAAGGUGCUCCCUUAUCCUGUCUUUCAACCACAUGCCCUGGAACUCUGUGCCAGAAAAGUUGCAGCCGCAUCUGGAGACAUGCGGAAAGCUCUUUGUAUUUGCAGGGGUGCAAUUGAUAUGCUAGAGGCGGAGCUUCAAGAGUCAACAAGGAACCCAUAUUUGUCAAUGCAUAAUGAGGACAAGGGUCAGCAAGCAGUCACAGUGCCUGAAUUCACAAAACUGCAAGAAAUAGUUGCUGUCACGAUAGAUCACAUGGUUCUUGCAUUAUCCAGAACAUUCAGAUCACCAGUGGUGGACACCAUUCAGAUUCUUCCCCAACAUCAACAGAUUAUACUUUGUUCUGCUGUGAAACUUUUCCGUGGUCGGCAGAAGGAUACAACUGUCGGAGAGUUAUACAAAAGUUACCUGGAUGUCUGCAAGUCAACACAAAUACCUGCAACUGGAUUUCUGGAGUUUUCUAGUAUGUGCAGAGUCCUUAACGAUCAGGGUCUUCUCAAAGUAGGUCAAUCUCGAGAAGAUAAAUUACGAAGAAUAGCAUUAAAAGUCGAUGAAGCAGAUAUUACAUUUGCAUUGCAGGGAGUUCGUUUCUUCCGAAAUUGUCUUCAGUAGUGCUACAAACGGUGGCCACAAACUCAUUAUUCCUCAUCUUGCAACUCAAGGCUCUGUCGCUCUUCACUUAUCUGGUCACUCUGAUUUUAAGGUGUCUUCUCUCCCCUUUGAGCAUCACUGUUACUAGUGUUUCCACCAUUAAGAAGUUCAACGGAAAAGCAUCAAGUGGAGCUCGAACAGAUUGUGUAUAUAAGUUAUUUCGAUAACAGCAUCUAUAAAAAGCAUAAGUUCCCCCCUUCCUGUUAGUGUUUCCAUAAAGGCUCACCCAUCCAAGAAGCAGAGGCAGAAGAACCUACAUACGCAGGCUACUCAUAAGAGGUAGCUCCAAGUGCAAUGGAAGCAGAAAAGGAAGCCGUGAACUUGUUUCGUCAGUUUCCAAAUCAAGCACUUCAGACUCUCUCCUCUGUCCAUCAGCUUUGGUUGUCGCCACACACAUGAGGCUUGCCGUUUGUCUCUCGAGCUAUUCAGUUCUGCAUGAUUGUAUACUAGUCAUGAUCUACCAUUCUGAUUGUAUACUAGUCAUGACCACUUGAGAGCUUCUGGAAGAGCUUCCUGAUUCAUAAUAGUCAUGAUCUACAGUUCUACAUGCAGAUUCACCAUCAAUUGCACUUAUGGAAGUGAUGCAUCAAGCUUCUCAAGUUGUCAUAUUGUUCUGGGAUCUAUUGGUUGAAUUUAAAACUUUCGAUGAGUUUGUUAUGUUAUAAGAGGUCCCCAUGAUAUUGGUUAUAUAUUUUGAUGGAGACUCUCUCUCUCU